AUGGUUUGGGACAAAGGAAUUGAGCCCAAUGGCACAGAGGGGAAGAACUUCUACAUCCCUAUGUCCAACAGGACAGGGAUCGUUAGAAGUCCUUUUGAAUACCAACAGUAUUAUUUGGCUGAUCCUAUCAUGUUCAAGCUUUUAGCUUUCUACAUGUUCUUCCUGAUCUGCACUGGGCUACCAAUCAAUGGUCUGACAUUAUUUGUAACGGCUCAGAACAAGAAGCUCCGGCAACCUCUCAACUACAUUCUGGUCAACCUGGCUGUGGCUGGACUCAUCAUGUGCUGCUUUGGAUUCACCAUCACCAUCACAUCUGCUGUUAACGGCUACUUCAUUCUUGGAGCCACUUUCUGCGCUAUUGAGGGAUUCAUGGCUACACUUGCAGGUGAAGUUGCUCUCUGGUCUCUGGUGGUACUGGCUAUUGAGAGAUACAUUGUUGUUUGCAAAUCCAUGGGAAGCUUCAGGUUCUCUGGAACUCAUGCAGUAGCUGGAGUCAUUUUCACCUGGAUCAUGGCUUUGUCAUGUGCAGGACCCCCACUUUUUGGCUGGUCAAGGUACAUUCCUGAAGGCAUGCAAUGCUCCUGUGGUCCUGAUUACUACACCCUGGCCCCAGGUUACAACAACAAAUCAUACGUCAUGUACAUGUUUGCCAUCCACUUCUUCACUCCCAUCUCCAUCAUUUUCUUUUCUUAUGGAAGCCUCGUGCUGACAGUCAAAGCAGCUGCCGCCCAGCAGCAUGAGUCAGAGUCCACCCAGAAGGCACAGAGGGAAGUGACACGUAUGUGCAUCUUGAUGGUCUUUGGCUUCCUGAUAGCUUGGACGCCAUAUGCCUCUUUCAGUGGCUGGAUCUUCAUGAACAAGGGAGCCUCCUUCUCUGCCGUUACAGCAGCUAUCCCUGCCUUCUUUGCAAAGAGCUCAGCUCUUUAUAAUCCUUUUAUCUAUGUGCUGAUGAACAAACAGUUCCGUAACUGCAUGCUGAGCACUAUUAGAAUGGGUGGCAUGGUGGAGGAUGAGACUACAGUUUCUGCCAGCAAGACUGAAGUGUCCUAUGUCUCUUAA